CCUCUCACGACACACUGCGGGGCUGGGGGACUGGGGAGGAGGGAUGACUAUUUUUAGAAUUUAUGGAAGAAAGGAGGAAAGAGGGCAAAACAAAAACCGAGAAUAACAACACUAAAAAAAUGAUGGAGACUCUUAGAGGUCUCCAGCUCCCAGGAAGAAAUCCCCCUGCCUCCGACCGUGGCAGAAGGGUUCCCCUUACUGGCUCCUCAAAGAUCCAGACCCCAGGAGGCGCAUUGUUCGGACUCGCAAGCGAGGGCAGCCUCAGUUUGAGUGUCUUCAGCUGCCGUCCGGCUUCGGUGGGGACACUCUGUGUGUCCCCCGGGGGAUCGGGUCCCUUUCGGGAGCUGCGUGCGCACCUUCUUUCCCACGCCCUUGCCCUGCUGCCGGUGCACUUGGCUUUGCGCUCUGUCCGGGACGCGGGUUCCAGCAGUUGCUGCCGAAGACUGCCGGUUGGUUCUGGAGCCCAGCUGCUGAGCCAUGUUGGGCCCUGGGCCUGUGGUGAGUCCAGCCUGGGGAUGCAGGUGGCCAUGAGCAGUUGCAGCCACAAUGGCAGUGUGGGGCGGCCACUGGGCAGCUGGGACCCCACAGGCCCUGAGGCUGGCUGCCCCCCACAGCCCCUGCAUGGCCUGGGCCAGCAGACACAGCUGUCACCUGGCAGCCCACGGGGACACCCGCAGGAGCAGGAGACCAGGUCAGGCUCUGGGAGACCCCCGACAGUCAGCCACCGCCUGGGGCACCGUAGGGCUCUCUUCGAGAAGCGCAAGCGCCUUAGUGACUACGCACUCAUCUUCGGCAUGUUUGGCAUCGUUGUUAUGGUGACAGAGACAGAGCUGUCCUGGGGUGUGUACACCAAGGAGUCCCUGUACUCAUUCGCUCUCAAAUGCCUCAUCAGUCUGUCCACUGUCAUCCUGCUGGGCCUCGUCGUCCUCUACCAUGCACGGGAGAUCCAGCUGUUCCUGGUGGACAAUGGUGCAGAUGACUGGCGAAUUGCUAUGACGUGGGAGCGAGUGUCUCUGAUCUCUCUGGAGCUGGCUGUGUGCGCCAUCCACCCAGUGCCCGGCCACUACCGCUUCACGUGGACGGCGCGGCUGGCCUUCUCACUGGUGCCAUCGGCGGCCGAGGCAGAUGUGGACGUGCUGCUGUCCAUCCCUAUGUUCCUGCGUCUCUACCUGCUGGCCCGAGUCAUGCUCCUACACAGCCGCAUCUUCACGGAUGCAUCCAGCCGCAGCAUCGGCGCACUCAACCGGGUUACCUUCAACACACGUUUCGUCACCAAGACACUCAUGACCAUCUGCCCUGGAACCGCACUGCUGGUCUUCAGCAUCUCCUCCUGGAUCGUUGCCGCCUGGACUGUGCGUGUAUGCGAGAGAGGGAACAUGUACCACGACAAACAGGAAGUGACCAGCAACUUCCUGGGAGCCAUGUGGCUCAUCUCCAUCACCUUCCUGUCCAUCGGCUAUGGAGACAUGGUGCCACACACCUACUGCGGGAAGGGUGUGUGCCUGCUCACAGGUAUCAUGGGAGCCGGUUGCACUGCACUGGUGGUCGCCGUGGUUGCCCGCAAGUUGGAGCUCACCAAGGCAGAGAAACACGUUCACAACUUCAUGAUGGACACACAGCUCUGCAAGAGAGUCAAAAAUGCUGCUGCAAAUGUUCUCAGGGAAACAUGGCUCAUCUAUAAACACACCAGGCUGGUGAAGAAGCCAGACCAAGCCCGGGUUCGGAAACACCAGCGUAAGUUCCUCCAAGCCAUCCAUCAGGCUCAGAAGCUCCGGAGCGUGAAGAUUGAGCAAGGGAAGCUGAACGAUCAAGCAAACACACUGGCUGACCUGGCCAAGACACAGAGCAUUUCAUUUGAAGUGGUGUCCGAGCUGCACGCACAGCAGGAGGAACUGGAGGCCCGCCUGGCCGCCCUGGAGAGCCGCCUAGAUGCGCUGGGCUCCUCCCUGCAGGCUCUGCCCGACCUCAUCGCCCAAGCCAUAUGCCCUCUCCCACCCCUCCAACCAGGCCCUGACCACCCAUCCCUGACAACCCAGAGUCCACCAGGCUGCUGGCUGCCCACCACCCCCUCAGAUUGUGGGUGACGGCCCAGCUGGCCACCAGACCCCUGAAUCUUGGCCAUCACGUGGUCACGGCCAGCUCCACACCAUCCAGGAAGUCUCAGCAAAGCAGGGUGGAGUUGAGCUUAGUGGAACUGGGUUCAUCAUUCUGAGGCUGUCCGUGGGAGGCUGCAGGCUCAGCUGUCCCCAAGUCCCUGGUGGCCAAGGACGAUGUCACUUCCAAGUAAGUCAGGAGCCACCAACUUCCUGUUUGGGUGGCAGGGAAGACCCUGAGCAGCCCCCCACAGGAAGUGGACUCCCCAGCCUGGGGGUUCCUGGAUGGAGGGGGGCUUCAUUGACAUGUAUUGAGUAUCUGCUGUAUAUGGGGACUGUGGUAUACUUUCUGGGAUCUGCCUGGAGUAAGAUAAAGCAAAUGAAAGCUCAGAGAAGUGAAGCCACUUGCCUGGGGCCACACAGCAUGGGUAGAUGGAUUCCAAAUGGAGUCUCAGAGGCCAAAGACACCUAGGAGGGUCCAGGGGCAGCCUUAGAGGAGAGCUAGUGGCCAGGGUCACAGACACAACCAGAAUCAUAGAGGUCCCUCCAUGCCUUGGACUCCAGGCUUUGGGCAUUUGGAGGACACUGGGCCCCAGGUAGGCAUGGGUGGACCUAUUCAGGACCCAUCCAGGGAGUCCUGGUCCUGAAAGCCACUGAUAAGCUAUUGGCCACCUGGCUAGGUGAGAUAAUAGGGCUGAGUGCAAGUUCCCAGGGGACAGGCUUUAGACCCCCCCAACUGAGAUGGUUCUGGAGAGGUGCUGCUGGGUGGAACUGGGUGGACUUGCUCAGUCUGCCACAGUGUGCACAUCCCAGGACUUAACUCAGCCCCCCUCCCGGAGUUAGCAUGCUGGUGCUCAGUACCUGUUCCCAGCUCCUUCCCUCCUGGCCUCAGGUGGCCUUACCCUGCCCCUGCUGGGCCCAGUAUUUGCUCCUGUCCAUCAGGGGGUACUGAGGACUAGGCUCUGCCCAAAUUGGGGACAAAUAAGUAACCAGAAGAAAUGAAGGCCAGGAGUGGUGGUGGCACAUCUUGAAUCCCAGUACUAUGGACUCUUAGAGGCAGGUGGAUUUGUGAGAUGGAGUCCAGCCUGGUCUACAUAGUUCCAGGCCACUUGGGCCUUCAGGGAGACCCUGUC